GCAUCUGGAAAAAAGAAUAUGAGGGGAAGAGAGACGGAGGAGAGAGAGCAGGAUAGACAAACAGAAGAUAGCCGUGCGCGAGAAAGAGAACAAAAGAGGGGGGUGAGAAGGAGAAGUGGGGAAGGAACGAAAAAAAGGGGAGGGGAAGGAGGCGAAGGGCGCCACGGGAUUGGAGAAGCCGGGAAAAGGAGAUCAGAUAGGUGGAAUGGAAUCUCGUGGAUCGGGUCAAGCAGCAGCGCAGAAAGAGAGAACGAGGAUUGGAAAGUCCAAGAAACUCGCUUUCUUCUCCUCCUCCUUCCCCUCCGUUAAAUCCUCUGCUUUUUAGAUCCCUAAUUUUCGUUCUCCAUGCUAUUCCAUAUUUUCAUUUUUCGGUAGCCUCCAUUGUUGGCUUGUCGCGUAAUCCUCAAGAAUUUAUUUUUUCUUCCAACUAAAGGCUGUAUAUAUUUAUGAAGGAUGGGUAGAUGACUUGUAAGAGGAGAAGAAGUAGAUAGAUACCUCCUUGUCGUUGUUCUUGUUCUUCUUUCUUUUUAGUAAGAGCUUCAUGUGGUUGGAUUUGGUCCAAGAUCUAUGUAGUGUUAUGAUGUUUCCCUUUCUUGAACGUUAAUUUUGGUCGGCUUAGUUUUUUUUUUUUAAUGGUUUUUUGAGGUUGGCCUGAUUAUCUUGCGUGGAGAUUUUUAGAGCUUUCUGACGAUAUCAGAAAGCAGUGGUGGAGGAAAAUAAAUAAAGGGAAAAUAAAUAGGGAGAGAAGAUUCCAUCCAAUCCUCUUGUCUCAUUGCUUGGAGAGGUCCCAAAGAAUCUGCUUUUUCUCUCUCUUUCUUGAAAAGCAAUUCGCCUUUGAGAAUUUCUGGCUCUUCCACCGGCGUUGAUCGGACGGGGUGAAUCGGGUAGGGCGACUGUCGGCUGAGGCGGGCGGAGAGGAGAAGGCUCGGCAGCGGGCGAAGGGAGGGGGCUUCGACGGAUCCGCUGGGAGAAAACGGGAGGCUCCGCUGCCUGGCUGGUCUGGAGUGCAUAUUGGAUAUAAUCAGGGCCCUCCGGAUGGGGUCCUGCCUGUCGUCUGACGGGCGGAGUAGCUCGUCCAGCCCGUUGUCCCCAUCGUCUCCCGUGUCGGAGGCCAAGCAGCCCCGCAAGGGGUCGCGGAAGCGGCAGGGGUCCAGGAGAUCCUCCUUUGACACCCGGAGGGAGGAGCAACUCCACAGGAUACCCGGAAGGAUGUUCCUUAACGGGGCUAGCAGCGUUGCCUCACUCUUUACCCAGAAGGGAAAGAAAGGGCUCAACCAGGAUGCUAUGAUUGUGUGGGAGAAUUUUGGUUCGAGAACAGACACAGUCUUUUGUGGGGUUUUUGAUGGUCAUGGACCGUAUGGCCAUAUGGUUGCAAGGAGAGUAAGAGAUUCUCUGCCUCUGAAGCUGAGUGCUCUUUGGGAAGUAAACGUAGGAAGUGAUGAUUGUAGAGAAAGUACUAUCAUUAGCCAUUCAGCAAGCAUGAAUUCUGAAGAAACUUCAUCUAUAUGCCUAGAUGAGGAGCCUGGGGUUUCCACAGACAUUGAAGAGAAAGAUAAGCAUCCAGAGAUCUUUACGACACUGAAGGAGUCAUUCCUGAAGGCUUUCAAAGUUAUGGAUAAAGAACUGAAACUGCAUACAAACAUUGAUUGCUUUUGUAGUGGGACAACAGCAGUCACCCUUGUCAAACAGGGUCAAGAUCUUGUAAUUGGGAAUGUGGGGGACUCAAGAGCUGUACUGGGUACCAGAGAUCAGAAUGACUGCUUGAUUGCUGUUCAAUUGACUGUUGACCUUAAACCUAAUCUACCUAGGGAAGCAGAGAGAAUCAGGAAGUGCAGGGGCCGUGUUUUUGCUCUUCAGAGUGAGCCAGAGGUGGCUCGCGUUUGGCUGCCAAACAAUGACUCCCCGGGCUUGGCGAUGGCACGGGCUUUUGGAGAUUUUUGUCUGAAGGAUUUUGGUUUAAUUUCUGUCCCUGAAAUUUCUUAUCUACGCAUCACUAAAAAGGAUGAGUUCAUUGUGCUGGCUACUGAUGGGGUGUGGGAUGUCUUGUCUAACAAAGAAGUGGUAGACAUCGUCUCCUCUGCACCUGCUCGGUCCUCUGCCGCUCGUUCCCUUGUUGAGUCAGCAGUCCAAGCCUGGAGGCUCAAAUAUCCGACCUCCAAAAUUGAUGAUUGUGCGGUGGUCUGCCUAUUCCUUGAUGCAGAUGCAUCCAUUAAUUCCUUCAACGUCAAGACCAAAGUGAGUGGAUCACCGGCUGCUCCAGGAACUCACAGUGGCAAAGAAGAGCUAUCUACUCAAAGUAGCACGGAUCGUUCUGGCACCACCCAUUCUAGCUCUGAGAUCCUCCGUGAUGAUGAUAUGGAAAGCCCAAGGAAGCAACUACCCUCCGAUGGUAAUGCCACGGUAAUGGACAGUAAUGAAUGGUCUGCUCUAGAGGGUGUAUCUCGAGUGAACACCCUGAUUACCCUGCCAAGGUUUGUUGCAGUGGAGAAGCAGCCUGCAAGCACCAAGACUCGAAAAUGAGCUUGACUGAUGGGCUGAGCAAGUCGCUGUGGGCGAACUGAAGCUGUCGGCAGUGGACGCUCCUAUCAUCUAUUUGUUUUGAAAGGAGGGCAGUGCUGGCUUUAUUAGCGUUCCGGUUCUCUCCAUGAAUUCCACAUGCCAACGUGAGUAGGAUUGCUGUUUUUGUAAAAUCCCAACUCGGUUAUUGUUAUUUGUUAUAAUUAGUCUUCAUAAUAAUUUUGUCAUUAAGGAGGUCUCUCCUGCGCUGUAUUCUUUGAUCUUUUCAUGUCAAAAAUACUGCUCCUUAAUGGUUUAUUUAUUUAUUAAAUUAUUUUA